UUUAAUUUUCCCUCUCUUUCUUUCUGUAAUUUUUUUUUCUAGGGUUUGCUUAGCUUCUUACUUCACAACCCAAUCCCAACAAUGCCGGACCUUGGAAACCUUUCAUUCUCCGCUUCUCUCGCCAUUUCUCGCUGUCCUAAUUUCAUAUCCACGCUCACUGAUUCUCCCGAUCCCACCUCCUCUCCUUUCCCCAAUUCAGUCAAAGCAGCUAUUAGUAUAGACCGUAUACAGAUUGGAGUUGGAGGUAAGGUCAGAAAUGGCACUGCUUUUAAGGUCUUGAAGCGAAACCGACCCGGAUUUCAUCGGACCAAGAAAGCUUCCACUGCCAAGACUUUGCAGGACCAUGUGAGGAAUUGGGUUAGCCGGAAGAAGGAAUCUGGUGUUCCCGAGUCUCGUUGUUCUCUUCCUUUCCUUGUAGGCGCGAAGAAAAUGGUUGAAUGUCUUGUUUGUCAUUUUUUUAUAUACCCCGGAGAGGAGUUAGUGUGCUCUGUUCGUGGAUGUCUAGGCGGUUAUCACAUAAAAUGUGUGAAGGACAAGAAAGGAAGCUGUAAUGUGAAAAAGUUCAAGUGCCCACAACAUGCAUGCUUCAUUUGCAAGCAGAAUCCAAAUUGGCGCUGUGUUAAAUGCACAAUGGCAUCACAUGAUAAAUGUGCGGCAUGGCCAGGCGAAGUUAUCCAUUUGAAAGACCAGCCAGGGAGAGCUGUUUGUUGGAGGCAUCCUACAGAUGGACGGCUGGAUUGGGAGAAUGCAGCUUCAACAAGCGACAUAGAGGAGGUGUUUUGUCGCUUGCCUCUGCCUUACAUUGAUGAGGAGUUCAAAAUUGACUGUACAUGGAAAGACACUGAGAAUAAGAUGGAGCCACCCCCUUUCAUGCACAUUAGGCGUAACAUUUAUCUUGUCAAGAAGAAGCGUGAUGAUGCUGACGAUGGCACUGGAUGCACAAGUUGCAGCUCUGAAUGCUCUCAGAAUUGUGUUUGCAGGGUUCAAUGCAUAAGUUGCUCGAAGGCUUGUCGCUGCUCGGGAAAUUGUACAAACAGGCCUUUUCGUAAGGAAAAGAAGAUCAAAAUUGUUAAGACUGAACAUUGUGGUUGGGGAGUAGAGGCAGCUGAAUCUAUUAACAAAGACGAGUUUGUUGUUGAGUACAUUGGUGAAGUCAUUGAUGAUGCUUUGUGUGAACAAAGGCUGUGGAGCAUGAAAGACAAAGGCGUGCAUAAUUUUUAUAUGUGUGAAAUUAGAAAAGACUUCACAAUAGAUGCAACUUUUAAAGGGAACUCAUCUAGAUUUCUAAACCACAGCUGUAAUCCCAACUGUAUCCUGGAAAAGUGGCAGGUUGAGGGGGAAACACGCGUGGGUGUAUUUGCUGCUCGAUCAAUAGAAGUUGGAGAACCAUUGACAUAUGAUUACAGAUUUGUGCAAUUUGGACCUGAGGUGAGGUGCCACUGCGGUGCUACCAAUUGCCAAGGCUAUCUUGGAACCAAAAAGAAGAUAGAUAAAGUUGAAUUAUUAAAAAGACAAGACAGGCAAGCAAACAUAUCACAAAAACCCCUUAUCAUCAGGGAUGUCCUCAGCACUGAAACUUGCUGGGGUUUGAAGCGCAAGAGAUCUUCAAUGCCUUGCAUAGCAGCUACUCAUUAUACCAUCGUAACAAAGCAUUGUCUUCUAUUCCUUCUGAUGGGCCCUGCAAAAUUGUAAUAGAACUAGUAAAUUGACCUAUGUAAGAGUCAUCCAUCUUGCAUAGUCGUGUUUCAUCUUUUGAAUACAUCAAAGACGUAGCACAUUGUUAGCAAGUUUUCUCAGUGAUUUUCUGCAAUUGAUUUACACUGUUUUGCUGUAAUUUUAGAACUAUUGUAACCUUAAGGAAUAAUGAUAUACAAGAACUACGCAAGCUGUUGCUUUGGUUA